AAUCUUUUCAGUCGAUCUCGGACCUCCGUACGGCAUGGUCGUCCGACGCCGCGUGCCCACCCGCCCAUCGAACGAAACUUCGUAACUUUGUUUCAUGUCCGUAAAUCCGCGGUUAUUGGAAUUAUAAAUGAGUUUCUUCUCGUCUUGAACUGUGAAUACUGAAUUAUCCUGUUGAUUGCGAUGUUGAUCGUGUUCAGUCUUCCGAGUUUAUAGUUAUCUGGCAGAUUACUGAUGAGUUUAGGUGAUAGUAAGUAGCAACUAGCAACAGAAAAUCAAACAUAAUAUGAAGUUAACUUAUUUGUUACCUAAGUAGCGAAAAAGUAAAUAAAAUCGGACAAUAAUGAAGUAGUUUAACAGGUUUAACAUAUCAAAGACAAUAAAAGAGACAGUGUAAAAUGUGGUUUUACAUGAAAGUGGAAAGGACCGCGUGACAAGAUGUGCAAGAACGUGAAGACGGUGACAUGGGAGUCAGAGGCGCUGAUGGGCACCCCUAAGGAGUCGCGCUGGGCCCAGCUGUGCCCUAGGGCUGCGCUGUCGCACGUCGGGUUGUUCGUCGCUCUCAUGCUGUACACAGGUGGCGGUGGAUUGGUCUUCCAAGCGUUGGAGUACCCUGCAGAGUUGGCGAAGCAAGAGUUUCAUCGAGAUCGGCUCCUCACCGAGAGAUGGAACCUUAUCCGCUUCGUCUCCGAGCAAAACGCUAACAUCACUGAUGAACAAACAUUGCAAAAAUCACUCAGCGAUCACUUAGCUGUUUAUGAAAGGGUCCUAGAACAGGCGUCUUCAAGUGGUCUCUCCUUAGAAAUAGAUUUGAACUUCCCAGCAGCCGAAGAGAAGUGGAGCAUACUGCAAGCUGUGUUCUUCUCCUCGACAGUGCUCACCACUAUAGGUUACGGGAACAUCGUUCCGGAGACGUUUUGGGGCAGGUUGUUCUGCAUCGCCUACGCCUUAGUUGGAAUACCCUUAACGCUCACAGUCAUAGCAGACCUGGGCAGGGUCUUCGCGACUGUCGUCUCUGUUAUUGCCAAGCAUUUGCCUGAAAUGCCCAGGUGCUGUAGUAAAGUAACAGACGCGAAUCCCGCCGGGCAGCGAUCAUUGUAUGCCCUUUGGGCUGUGGGGUUCCUAUUCCUGUACCUGUCAGCUGGUGCCGGUCUGUUCAAAAUGUGGGAAGACGACUGGACCUUCUACGAUGGCUUCUACUUCUGCUUCAUCACUAUGACCACCAUUGGGUUCGGUGAUCUUGUACCAAAAAGACCAAAGUACAUGUUGUUGUGUACGUUAUACAUAUUGAUCGGGUUAGCUCUGACUUCCACUAUCAUCGAGCUGGUGCGGCGUCAGUACGCCAGGUCUUGGCAGCAGCUUCGAGCGUUGUCAGGCCCUUUGGCAGACACCUUGAGAAGACUUGGAGACGCCGGUCGAGGGGUUGACGUGUCUGCGCUACACAACGACCUGAGAAAAGUGCUCACUGUGGUAACAAUGCCCCGUCUUAGCGGAGGACGGGACGCUCUUUCAGACAAGCGCCAGUUGGAAUGGGAGGCUGCCGUGGAAGCAGUCAUCAGGGACAUCACAGCACCAGUCAAUCAAAAGAAGCCGCCUAUAGUACAGAUCGUCAUAUAUGAAUCUUCCGUUUAGUAGAAUUCUAGAAACAUAACAGACGCCACGUGCAAAUGUCACUUAUUCGGAACGAAUAGAUUACCUGAAUGAAUCAUUUUUAUUUGUUCAAAUAUAAAGCUAGUCAGUUGUCACGUUUAAAAAAAGGAUAUUUCUUAAACACUAAUGGAAAAAUUGGCAGCGAUUCAAUUGCCGGGGUCGAUCGACGGCGUUUCCCGCGUGACAUUCGACAAUAACUAUUUAUGCCAGAAAGUUCAAGGUCGGUCUCCCUUUUUCGCUUUACUUCCGCCGUACAUCGAUGCUACGCCACUGCCUAACUUUCAGUAUUAGUAUUAGAAGCAUCAUUGGAAUAAAAAUGUUGUUGGUCGGUCAAUUCAUCGUGGUAUGUGGAGUGUUCGCGUGCCAACUUCCGAAAAAUGUAUGUGAACGUGAUGUGAAAACUGCGAAUAAUGGCCGACGCGACGGCGAAGUGUUUAGCUUUAGACAAAGCAUGUGAUAAAACUAUAAAGUUCAGUAGGUUAUUUUCGCUGGUAGUUCAAGGUGAAUCGCGAACUGUGUCAGUUGAAUUCUAAAUGCAUGUAGUGUUUGUAUGUGUGUAAAAUAACGAAUGAUUUUCAAGUCUGUUGCAAGCGAUACCUAACUGCACCUAUCUAUAUUUAUAAAACACUGAAAUGUAAAAUUAAGAAUUCAAAAAAUAAAAGCAUUUGAUCUAUUAUACCUUCAUAGUUUAUCUAAGUAUGUAUAAAACAAAUAUUCCCACUUUUCAGAUUUGUAAAAGACAUGUGAAGUUUAUGUUUUAUUUGAUUACUUUAGCAUGUAGAUGUUACAAUUAUUUGGUUUCAUGUUUAAAGAGUCUUUAUUAAUAAUAAAUGCAAUUUCUAAUAA